AGGCUGGGCUUAUCAUAUUCUUCUUCAUUUCAAUCACUAGCUAUAUCAUGGGGUUACUCGACUUUCUUUUCUCCAUCGUCAAAGCACUUUGUGGAGAGUCGUCUCAGCCAGAAGGUGAAAAGCCUACUGGUGCACAGAGACCACCGCGACCACAGGAGCCACUAUCUCCUCUUCCGGGCGCUUGGCCUAGUACUCCCCAACAGGAUCGUUUAAGAUACCAAGACCGAAACCAAGCCAAUCAACAGAAUGAACACUACACGUCUCUGCGCGCCAAAGCAAACCAGGAAGGGGACGCUAUGGCUAAAUGCUUCCAACAAAGCCACGAUGCGUAUUCUCGUCGUGAGGGUGCGCUAGCUAAGGAACUCUCAGAGAAGGGCAAAAGACACGAACGUACCAUGGAGGCAUUGAACGCGGAGGCCAGUGCAUUCAUAUUCCGAGAGAACAAUUUGGACCGCGAGCCAGGCGAAUUAGAUCUGCACGGACUGUACGUCAAGGAAGCCAUAACAUACUCGGAUAAAGCUAUCAAGGAGGCUCGACAACGGGGGGAUUCACAGAUCCGCCUCAUUGUUGGCAAAGGCUUGCACUCCAAUGGCAACGUCGCCAAAAUCAAACCUGCCCUAGAGGACUUGAUGAAACAGCUUAAUCUUCCUGUUGAAGUGGAUCCACAAAAUGCAGGCGUUCUGAUCGUACAGCUUGCUUGAUCAUCCAGUUAACCUUUUCGCCUCCCAUUCAAACAUGCGAUUCUACGGAACAAAGAUAUGUGAUUGCUGUAUGUAUAAUAUGUAUCUAUUUCCAUGUAUACCACUGUGACAUAACCUCUAAUGCUAUCGGCAUGAGGUUGACAUGAGGCGGCGCUUUGACGGUCAGGGUUCCCACUAGUUCUCAACCAUCAUAAUAGGUCCUUUGUUUGUCUCUGUCCCCCACAUCAUCAUCAUCAUCAUCAUCAU